AUGAUAACAUUUCCAAGAGAGCUACAUUUAUGGCUCUAGUCUCUCAAUUUAACCUACAAGAUUUCCAACCCCAAAAGAGAUCUCUCUAAUGGUUGGGUCUUUGCUGAAAUCUUUUCAAGAUACUACCCAGAUGAUUUAGAGAUGUAUCAAUACGACAACGGUUUUAAGCUAGAUAAGAAGGUUAACAAUUGGGAGCAUCUUUAGAAAUUCUUCAAGAAGAAGUCGAUACCAAUUGAAUACAGUGACUAUGACCCAGUCAUCCAUUGUGCUCCAGAUGCCGGUUAUAAACUUCUCAAAAAAGUCUAUAAAGCACUGACUAGCAGAGAAAUCGAUGACAAUUUGCAGCCCAUAUAAUAGUAGCAUAUGCAGGAUAAUGUAGACCCUGACUAUGCCAAGCCAACUAUUGCUAAAAAGAUGAAGGAUCAUGAAUUGGCUAGAAUUGCUGAUGCUAAGAGACAGUCAGAAAAAGCCAAGACUGUUAUCACAACUCAUAAUGAUAUGCUUAGAAGUGAAAGACUAAACCCAGAGAGAUAUACAAAAACUAAAAGAGGCUUCGCUUCAGUGAAGCAUGUUGAACUAGCAAGUGCCAAGGUGCUUUCUCAAACAAAGAGAGGCUUGGCAAGAGGAUAAUUGUCAAAGAAUGAUACAAGCAACCAAGGUGAGUAACCUCCACAAGGAGAUGUUAAGCCAGUUUAAGUCAAGACUGCCAAUAAAAGCAUCAGAGUUAUGAAGCAAGAAGCAAAUCAGAAAAGAGAAAAUCAAAACAAACUGCCAGGAGGAAUUUAAGAAGAAGAUAGCGAUGAACUUAUCUUGGACAACAUUCUAGUUGAUAUAGUUGGUCAAAACUUAGCAAAUAAAAUGAGCAAGAGUGAUCCUGAGUAUAAGAACUUCAAAGAAAAUUAUGAUAAAAUCAUUCAGUACUUCACAGAUAGAUUCUCAUAUAUCACAGAUGAACUAAUAUUCGAUAUUUUCUAAGAGAUGAAUGAUAGACAAGAAGAAAUUGUGAAUGUCCUGUCAAGAAACAUGCUUGAUUUCUGUGACUUGAUCCGAUUCUUCUCGAAAUGCUUCAAGCAAAUAAACCCAAUGAUCACUAUUGGCAGUUCAACCAAUGAAGAUGGAGCUGUCUAAAACAAAGGCAAAAAUAUCUUCUAAUUAAUGAAUGAGACUUUGGCUUAAGUAGCAAACAAACUCCUAAAUAAUGACCCACUCUAAACAGAAAUAUACUUCCUAGAGUAUGGCAUCGAUGAAUUACUGGAAAUAAUGGUCGAUAACCUGUUCAAAAGAAAUGACAUGGUCUACUUGCUAUACUGCUUCGUUUAGAACACAACUAACUCACAUCUAAGAGUGCUUUAAAAGAUCAAGGAAAAGAUUGGCAGCACCAAGAAAGAUGCUUAUUACUUCAUCAUCAGCAAGCUAUUGCUUUAUGAGAGCGAAGAUAUUUCACCAGAGAUUUACAAUUUCUAUUUGAGAGAUGCAGCCUAGGGGAUAUAUCAAUAGUCUCCAGUGACUAGAACUAAAUGUAUUUCAAUUCUCUCAUACUUCUCAAGAAUUUAACUUGGACCUAUUUUGCCUAUGAUUCCUGUGCUCUAGAAGAUGUGCAAGGAAGACUACUGGGAACUAAAGGGAUAGUUAUUGAUUCUUUGCUCGAAUGCCCUGCUCUUCUUCAACACUCAAGUAGACGAGUCAGAGCAGUUCAGAGACAAGCAGGAUGAGGACAAGAUUGUGGAGACAUCCAAUGAGCAAAGCAGGAUUCAGCAAACUGACAGACAGACUUUCGACAGAAGUCCAAAUCAAAACAAUAAAUUUAAAAAUAUGAUUCCAGGAGGGUAGAUCAAUGAUCAGGUGAUUGAGACAUACACACCUAUUAUAUUUGAAAUGAUUCAUUCUAUUCUCACAUCAACUGCUCCAAAGGCAACUAUCAAGAUUGGACUAAUAUACUUGGCUAAGAUUCUUCAUUUUUAUCCUGAGUACACAGCUACUUAUCUUCAAAUACUUUUGAAUGCUCCUGACAAUAUCAGAUCAGCAACUCUUGAAGUAGAACCUCUUCCAGGGACAGAGGAAGAAGUUUAUGUUUCUGGAGGCAACACAGAUAAAUAUAGAACCUAUGGAGCUCCCCAUGAAUGGAACUCACUGUAUAUAGCAUAGGCUUUGGAGAAGUACGUUAUUAGCAACAAUCUAGAAAACCUAGAAUGGGCACACAUUGAAAUCUUUGAGGCUUGUCUACAAUAAGACUUCAAGGAUGAGGAGUUGGAUCAAUGGCUGGUUAUCUUUGCCAGUUUGAAGAACUACUUGUUCAUCUCCUUGUGCUAUAGAGACUUUAGCAACACUUCCAUUGAGAUCCUUAAGAAAUUCUUCUGCCAUCAGUAAAUGCAGCCAAGCAUCCUCAAAGAAUGCCUUGAGAUCUUUAUCAAGACUUUGCAACUACUGUACCAGCCAGACUGUGACAAUGACUGCAAGCAAAACGUGAGGGAAUUCUUGGAAUUCCUGCACGACUAUGAAGACUCAACUUAAGACUUGAAAGACUUCGUCUACAACUCAAUUAAGAGCUUUGCAGAGGUGAACCAGAAAGCUUAUCAGAGCUCCAACCUUAUAGACCUAAUGAAUAAAGUUGUUGAAUUCAGAAGAGGAGAAAUCUUCGAUGACUAGGCUUCAAUGAGAAAUUCACAGCAGUACACUCACGACGACAGAAUGCAUACUAACAGUAGCGGACCUAACCCAAUGGAGAGCCCAGCUAACUUCGGAAAGCCUCAAGGGUUCAGAGGCAGUCGCAAAUUCUGA